GCAGCCUCAGCGGCCAUUACUCGCCCCCACGGCCAACCCUCACCACUCCUCCUACGCCCGCACACCCGCACACUACCCACAAUGGCUGCUUCCAGGCUCCUCCGCCCUGCCUCGCGCCUGAUUGCGUCGACACGACCGGCGCCCGCCUUCCGACCUGCGUUCCGCGCCGCCGCCGCCACACCGUCAAUUGCAAGGAGAGGAUAUGCGUCGGGCCAGAAGGAGAUGACGGUGCGAGAGGCGCUCAAUGAGGCCAUGGCCGAGGAGAUGGAGCGGAACGACAAAGUCUUUGUCCUUGGCGAGGAGGUUGCGCAGUACAACGGAGCUUACAAGGUCACCAAGGGCCUGCUCGACCGCUUUGGUGAGAAGAGGGUCAUCGACUCGCCCAUUACCGAGUCUGGUUUCGCUGGUCUGACCGUCGGUGCUGCGCUCGCUGGCCUGCACCCUGUUUGCGAGUUCAUGACGUUCAACUUUGCCAUGCAAGCCAUUGACCAGAUUAUCAACUCGGCCGCAAAGACACACUACAUGUCCGGUGGUAUCCAGCCCUGCAACAUCACCUUCCGUGGCCCCAAUGGUUUCGCCGCCGGUGUCGCUGCCCAGCACUCGCAAGAUUACACUGCGUGGUACGGAAGCAUUCCCGGACUCAAGGUCGUCUCGCCAUACAGCGCAGAGGAUGCCAAGGGUCUGCUCAAGGCUGCCAUCCGCGACCCCAACCCGGUCGUCGUCUUGGAGAACGAGCUUUUGUACGGUCUCUCUUUCCCCGUCAGCGAGGAGGUCCAGCGCGACGACUUUGUCAUUCCCUUUGGAAAGGCCAAGAUCGAGCGCCCCGGCAAGGACCUCACCAUUGUAACCCUCUCGCGCUGCGUCGGCCAGUCUCUGGUUGCCGCCGAACAACUCAAGUCCAAGUACGGUGUCGAGGCCGAGGUCAUCAACCUGCGCUCCAUCAAGCCUCUUGAUGUCGAGGCCAUUGUCAAGUCGGUCAAGAAGACUGGUCACAUGCUUUGCGUCGAGUCUGGUUUCCCCAGCUUCGGUGUCGCAAGUGAAAUCAUGGCGCUCACCUGCGAGUACGCUUUCGACUACCUUGAGGCUCCCCCUGCCAGGGUCACUGGUGCCGAGGUCCCCACUCCCUACGCGCAGAAGCUUGAGGAGAUGAGCUUCCCCACCGAGACCUUGAUUGCCGACUAUGCCGCCAAGCUCCUGAGGGUAUAAGGGAAUUGCCAAGUAACGAAGUUAAUCGAUUGGUCCUGGUAUGGAUUCCACGGUGGACGUGGAUGGCGUAGGGGCUAGACCAAGCAUCUUUUUGGUUUCAGGACUUUUGUAUGAUUCAGACACGAUUUGAGAACGGAAAUCUUCUUUUUUUCGGCCUGACGUAGUACAACGGUCUCAUGUGUGUUGUGGGCUAGCGCAUGUAUAAGUAUUCUGUUUGCAACUCGGAUAAUGCUGAUUCUCUUGCAUGCGCUGGUAAGAAUUGAUGUAUUUCGGUGCGAGAUGGAGGGGGGUUUUUGGUGGGGGCGUGUGCUUCCUGGCCG